CCAAAACCUCCCAACCGUUCCAAAACGCCCCCCGAGCCCGUUCCCGCGCCCGACCCCGCGCACUCGGGACGCAGACCUCGUCUCACUCGCCCCCCGGCGCCUUGCAUGCCACACGCUGCGCCGCCGCAGAGGUAGCCAGUCGGCCAUGGCGCCAGACACCCCCCGCGAGCCGACGACACCCGGCCCGGACCAGAAGACCCUGCACGUGUGGUCGAAGCCGAUAGAGCACAAGGACGCGCAGGGCCAGGACGGGUCCGGGACGCCGAGCCCCCAGAGCCGGCCGACGCUGUCAGACGCCGUCGCCACGAUCAAGACAGAGGACUUCGCCACCGUGGCCAGCACGCCGUGCGCGAGAAACGGCUUCCUCACGGGCAUCGCCUCGGGCGCCGGCGUCGGAGGGCUCAAGUUUGUGCUCCAAGGAAACGCAAUCAAGGCCGCCAACUGGGCCGUGGGGAUAUUCGUCCUCGGCAGCACCCUGUCGUACGAGUACUGCCAGUAUCAGCGGCGCGUCGAGAAGAUACAGAUGAAGAGGCACAUUGAGAUUGUCUCCGAGAACAGGAGAGAGCAGGCGCGCAAGCUGGCCGAGGAGAGACGGGAGAAGCAGAGGACAGAAGAGGCCAAGGCCGCGCCGAAGCCAUGGUACAGGUUUUGGUAGGAUUCCGGUGCCGUGUACGAUCAUGUAAAAAGACAUGCCUAAAAAGACAUGCACGCGAGGCAGGAAUGGGAUUCCAUCGUGUAUUCAUGGAGCGGUGCGAGAACGAGAUUCCAUCAUGUAUUCAUGUAUUCAUGAAGGGUGCGGGAAUGAAAUUGCAUCAUGUAUUCAUGUAUUCAUGGAGCGGCGCUAUGAGGAUUACUCUUGGAUUUUCCGGAAAUCGAAUCCAUGUCCAUGCC